UCGAGGCUAGAUCCAAACUUCAGUCUAGGUGGUUGUUUUCGUGUGCAUUUUUACAAAUCUAUCAAGCAUAAAAAAAUAAUAAAAAGAUGCUAAAUUAAACUCUGGACAGACUGAACGGAGAACCAGACUUUAAUAACUUAGUCUUGGUCAGUUUUUCUAAGUUUUUAAAGGAUCUUAGCUUAUAUUAGCAUAGCAUCGGCUAACAGCUGCUUUUGAGUGUGCGCUGUUAGCCUGUAGCCGACCAAACUUAUCAAGAAUCAUACCUCUCUUGAAACUGACAGUCCGGUCCGGUGGGAAGAGUGGAAGAGCUGCCUACAAAGCCAAAUGUAGAGAGGUGAGACAUCAGUUAAUUGAACUGCGGACAAUGGAACAGGACAACAACUCGGAGGAUGACGUUGGCCCACCAGAAGAUGACGCACAACCUUCAUUUCCUCUUGGACUCUCGGACUCUGAGGCAGUGGAAGUAUUGUGGAAGGUUCGUGCCCAACGACGGCAAGCGGAGCCUGAUCUGCCGGACACUGUGACAUGUCUCACUACACCAGAGGGUUGUAUUGUCUACCUGGUUGGCACCGCCCACUUCAGCGACAGCAGCAAGAAGGAUGUUGCCACUACGAUUCAAGCGGUCCAGCCAGAUGUGGUGGUGGUGGAGCUAUGUCAAUAUAGAGUGUCCAUGCUCAAGAUGGAUGAGAAAACACUGCUAAAGGAGGCUAAAGACAUUAACUUGGAAAAGGUCCAACAGGCCAUUAAACAGAACGGAGUGAUGUCUGGCCUCAUGCAGGUACUGCUGCUCAAAGUCUCGGCUCACAUUACAGAACAGCUGGGCAUGGCCCCCGGAGGAGAGUUUAGAGAAGCCUUUAAGGAGGCAGGAAAAGUGCCCUUCUGUAAAUUUCAUCUUGGGGAUCGGCCCAUCCCAGUAACAUUUAAACGUGCAAUUGCUGCUUUGAGUCUGUGGCAGAAGGCUCGACUGGCCUGGGGCCUGUGCUUCCUAUCUGACCCCAUCAGUAAAGAGGAUGUAGAGAAGUGUAAACAAAAGGAUCUUCUGGAGCAGACCAUGUCAGAGAUGAUCGGCGAGUUUCCAGCCCUCCACCGCACUAUUGUUGCAGAACGCGACAUCUACCUCACACAUACACUUAGACAGGCAGCACGCUGCGUGGAAGCACCUACUAAUGCGGAGAAAGUGCCUGCUGUUGUGGUUGGAGUGGUUGGGAUGGGUCAUGUCCCUGGCAUUGAGAGGAACUGGGACAAAGAGCUCAAUAUUCAUGAGAUCAUGAGUGUUGCUCCUCCAUCUCGGUUUGGCUGGGUAUUACGCAACAUAUUCAAGGGAGCAAUGUGGGGACUUCUUGGUUAUGCCUGUUUCCGUGCCAGCAAGGGGGUGGGCAGGGCAUUACUCUCCCUACCCACUGUCCAAUCAUUGCUUGAAAAUAUACGAACGCCUGCCGUUUGACCCUAUUCUUAUCGACACAGACAUUUCUCCAGUGAGAUCAGGAUGUCACUCUGAACACCCAUAGCCUUAACUACAGGAAAUAGGUGGGGGAUGAAGGGAAGAUUAGAGGCAGACAUAGCCUCCAUCCCAUGUGAGGUGAACUGCAUUUUAUAGCCUUUGACUAGCUCUCUGUCACCUCAUCGACCCACUGUCCAUCUGCUCUGUGUACCUGUGGAUGCAGAGUUGUACUGCCCAAGAAAUCAGACUGUGCUUUUUUCCCCCUUUUCACUUUUUCCUCAUUCUUAAAGUAUGACUCUAGGUAGUUAGUUGUUUACAUUUUACAUUUAGUCAUUUAGCAGAUGCUUUUAUCCAAAGCGACUUACAAAUGAGACACAUAGCAAACAAUUUGUCAUACAAAGUUUAACAUCUGCAGUAUAGAACUGCCAAGUGGCUGGAGUAGUAAAGAUGCUUGCACAGAAGAAAGAGACAGACAAGGAUUUCUUUUUCCUUUUUUUUUUAUUUUUUUUAUUUUUUUUCUUUCUGUACAUUAAGUGCAGGUUAAGUGUAGUAGUAAGUGCAAUUAGUGUGGGUUGGUUAAGUACUUGUGGAACAGAUGUAUUUUCAGCUGGUUCUUGAAUGUUGAGAAGGUAACAGCUGAUCGUGUGGAGGUUGGAAAUUCAUACCAACACAGAGGAGCAGAGAAAGUGAAUGAUCGUGAAAUAGACUUUGAGCAUCUUUGUGAUGGGAUCACCAAGUGUUGCUCAUUCAUAGACCGCAGAGUGCGAGUUGGAGCAUAGACUUGAAGAAGUGAAUUGAAGUAAGCAUUAACUGUCCUGAAAGCCAGAGUCAAAGCCUUGAGUAGUUGAUGUUGUAGACUAGUUGAAGCAGGAGACCCUCCCUCUGACGUGUUAUCACCUAACUUGAACUGAAUGAAAGUUUUAUUCUGCUCACUAUGUAACACAAUUUUUGUUCCUGGGUAGUAAGUGUUAUUUUCUAAUUGCUUAUGCCUCAAAAGUAUAGAAAAUGGCUAUUAUUCCCCACAAUCUUUGCUUUUGUAACCAGGACAGUGAUAUUUUGAAAUUUAUUCUGAAUUUCCAAUGAGAAAAAGGGCAAAUUUGUGUCUUUUCGUUCACAUAAAGAAAAAAACAACAUGAAUCCAAAAUCUUUCUUUAUCUGUGGUCCGACAAAGACACCGGCUUUGACCUUUGCCUCAGAUAGCUUAGGGAAGAAGUCUUGAAGGUACUUGAAGGCUGCCGACUCCUUAUCUAGAGCUCUGACAAAUUGUUUCAUAAGGCCCAAUUUGAUGUGCAGUGGUGGCAUCAGCACUUUCCGGGGGUCCUCCAGUGGCUCCCAUUUGACGUUGUUCCUCCCCACAGAGAACUCGGUCUGCUGUGGACAGUCCCGCCUGUGGUAGUGCACCUUGGUGUCCCUGCUGUCCCAAAGGCAAAGAUAGCAGGGAAACUUGGUAAAACCGCCUUGGAGACCCACCAGGAAUGCCACCAUUUUGAUGUCUCCUAUGAUCUCCCAGCCGUAUUCAUCAUAUUUCAAGGCAUCCAGCAAGGUCUUGAUGCUGUUGUAAUCCUCUUUGUGGUGCACAGAGUGAGCCAGGGGAAGAGAUGGGUACUUGUUACCAUUAUGGAGCAGCACGGCUUUGAAUAUUACUUUAGUAUAAAUACAUGUUCAUUUGGAUUCAUAUUUUGUUUUUUUCUGAGUUUAUGUGAACGAAAAGGCACAUAUUUGCCCGUUUUCUCAUUGGAAAUAGGUAAAUUUCAAAAUAUCACUGUCCUGGUCACAAAAACAAAGUUUGUGGGGAAUAAUAGCCAUUUUCUAUACUUUUGAGGCAUAAGCAAUUAGGAAAUAACACUUACUACCCAAGAAAAAAAAAAAAAAAAAAUUUGUUACACAGUGUUAUUCUUCUUGGUUGGUUCCUGCUAAUGGUUGAUAGUGUAUUUUGCAGCGGGUGGAGUUCAUCAGUCCAGUAUUACUAUGCCCUCUCAGUUCACAUUUUAAAAUGCGACAUGGUCUGGGUCACAAUCUGUAGUUCAUUAAGAAUGAAUAGUAAAGCCACCCCAUUUAUUCAAGUGAUUAAAGUGAAUGGAAGAGUAUCCCAUUAAGGGCCAAUUUUUUAAAGCUGCUGUGUGCUAGAAGUGACAUACAACCAUUUACAAAGAAUAGUUAGUAUAAACCAGAAUUUUAUUGAAAGUUUGACUUGAUAAAUACAUGUAAUACUCACUGAAAAAUUAUUAUGACCGGCCACAGUUUAAGAAACGCCAACCAAGUCACAACUAGUUAUAUUCACUGAAUGUGUGCAAUAUUUUUCUAGUUCGUGAUAAUCCCAACAUAAACUUUGGCCAUGUUAGUUAUCAAGUGCCUCCAACCACAUGACCUGGAAAGGGCUUAGAGUUAUAGAGACUAGUCAGACUGAUGUGCUCUCUUUACCUUGAGUCAUAAUAAAUGGGUACUAUUAAAUCCGGAGUUCUCAGUUUUAUGUACGUCACCUCUCCGCUUCAUAAUUGGUAAUGGUAACAGAACCAAUCUUGCUAAUAACCAAUCUUUCCUUUUUAAGAACCAGUGAAUUAUACAAGUAAUUAGACAUUGCAUAAACCCGUAAAUAAACGUGUUUUGGCACAAAAUGGGGGAAUUGCAUGAUUUGCUAUUAAACAGAAUUGCAAAACCAAUAAGCUCUGGUUAAUUCCAGUUUAAAUAGCUUUUUAUUAUUAUGGCUUUUUCAUUCAGGAGUUCAUGGAAGCAGUUUAAGUUCACAAAAUUGGUGAAGUUAAAAUUAUUUGCUGAUAACUGUGAAAUGUAUACUUUUCUCUGUUAUUAAUCAUCAGGCUACAAUUACCUCAAGCUGUUAGUCCUAAAUGGCAAAGGAGACAAUCAAAUACAACUUGAAACUAUGCUGUUGUGAGUAUAGAGAAUGUCACUCAGUAGAUCUCUUAGUAAGAAAAGCCAUCACUAGCAUGGACCAUCGGGGCACAAUUCUGGAAUCAUGCUUUAUAUACAUAGGGGGAAGGUGGGGGAUAUUUCUGUUUGUCUGCUUAAAUCCUUGCACUGCUGCCUUUACCUGUACAUCACAUUUUGACUUGUUUUUCCAUAUGUCGCUUAUUGUGUAUGAUAUGAUUCGACUGAAAAUAAAAUUUGUAGGUCACAUGGACAUUCUAAGCACAAUACUAACACUUGUGUGACUAUAAAAGUGUGGGGGGAAUGAGUAAUGCCGAAAGCUGCCUUUUCUUUGUUCUUUUAAAUUUUUACAUUGUCCUGAAUGGAAACUGAUCCCUGUUUUGAACCAUGGAGGGGUUCAGAUUAAGAUGUGUUUGAAACUUUGCACGAGAACCAUGUGUGUUUAUGCGAGCAAUGAGAAGAAAAGGACUAAUAUAUCUGCAUGAUUUCAAAUGUAGAUGGCUUAUUGUGAUCUACUCUGUUUAAGCUAUCUGUACACCCGAUUAUGAUGGUUUGAAAUGUAUAAUAGUAUUCUGGGGUAUUUGUCAGUCAGUGCCCUGGUGCAUAAUAAUGCUAUCAGUAGAGCAACUCUCCCUGCAUUUAAUUUGAUUUAUUUUGGAUUGAUUAGAUUGUAUUUAAAAAAUGACUAAAUGACCCCAUUGUUCCCCUAAGGUUGGUCUCAAAAUGCUGAGGUCUUCCUGUAAACUAAAAAAGAAACUUUGGACUUCUACUGUCUUGUCUUCCUGUAAACUUCUUCAUGCCAUACUACUACUAUUGAUCAGACAGAUCCAAUGCACUUAUGGUUAAAUGAGAAAGGUCAUGGGCAAUAAAUACUUGAUACACCAUUAAUGUACAUCCCUAAGUUUUCUGCUACAAAUGACAUUUUUAUCUAACCAUUGUUAACUGUAUGGAAAGGGGAAUAAAAUGAUGAUUAUAC